CGAGAUAAAAAAAAAAGAGAUAAGAAAAUUUAAAUAAAUUUUCCAUAAACGCUUGCGAAUAAAUAAACAAAUGGAAUUUUGCAUGAAAAAGACACGAAAUAAAAUAUUUUCAUUGUUAUAUAAUAUUUCAUGUAAACAGUCAUUAAGCAAAGGAAAGUGAGGCGCGUUCGGAAAAUAUUUUGAUUUUUUUAAAAAAUCCACAAAAAAAAACAACAAUUUUUUUAAAAAAAUAAUUUUUCGACAAUUUUUUUUGUUUCCUGUUUAAUAUUAAAGUCAGUGACAGAAUGUAUAAGUUUUGGAUAAUUGGAUUAGUAUUAGCAAUGCUCGAAGACCAUUGUUGCUCAGUAAAGAUAAAGCAAAUCACAGUUCCAUCAGUUGUUGUGAUGGAUUACGAUAAAGCAAACAACAAGAAGCCAUUAAAUGAAUUCUUUUUAGACUGCGAAUAUGAUGUUGAUGAGAAUGAGAAUGGAUUAGUCAUCAAAUGGCUAUUAAAUGGUAAUCUUGUGUAUCAGUGGAUUCCGCCACGCGCUCCAACAGCACUGUCGAUUUUCAAGAAUCGAAUUAAGAAAGAUUUUACAGUUGAUGAUGAUCCGCUCAAGAAAUAUCGUGGAAUUGCUGUGACGAAGCCAUUGUUGAAUUUUACAGGCGAAUAUUCAUGUUCGGUGCAGACUUUUCAGUCGUCUGAUAAAAAAUCAUCGCAUUUGCAAAUAGUUGUGCCAGAAUCACAUUUUAAACUGAAUUAUCGUACGGACUAUGAAGGAAUGGUGCAUAUUAAAUGUAGUGCUUUCAAUGUAUAUCCGGAACCAAAAUUAUCGUUAAACAUAAAUUAUGUAGAGUUAAAAAGUGAUGUAAAUAUAGUUAAAGAUUCAAGAGAUAACUUAUAUGAUGCUAAGGUUAUUGCGAAAAUCUCGAAAACUUUUCUUAAGUCAGAAACAAUAAUAAAUUGUCAAUUAACGAUGCCUGGUACUGAGUAUUCAAAGAAACAGGAGACUGUGUAUUAUGAACAAGAACCAACACUAACAGAUUUUGAUGCUUCAGACGAGGAAGGUGACUUUGAACUUUCAUUGGAAACGGAGACUGGACUGUUAACGAAUGCAAAUCAACAUGGAAAAGGGCUGAAUAUUGGUGAGGAGAGUUGGGGAUUGGUAGAUUUUAAUCGACUAUUUUGA